AUGUCGUAGUAGUCGAGGCGAUAAUCUGGAUACUUUAGGAAACGGAUCGACAAUGGAUGGCAAACUUUCACGCCCGAACGGUACGGCACCGAAUGGUCGUGAGUAUUGGGGACGUUUGCCGGAACCACCAGCAGCUCACAAUGGUCACGGUGGUCAGCAACAGCAGCCACCGCCAUCCAGCGGACAAAGCCAGCAAGGAUCCCAACCACCAAGUCCAACUUCCAGUCGGAAGGAUCGUGGUUCGCCAAGUCAUUCCAGAAAAAGUAGUUCCUCGUCAAAAAUUGCUAGCAGCCGAGCGAAGGGAGUUCCGCAGAGUUUUGGAUAUGUAAAGAAGACGAAUGGAACUGCGAUGCACGCUGCGGAUCAACAGGGGCAACAGCUGCUUACGGGAGGCCGUACGGCUCACGUUUCUGCCGUGCCAAGAACCAGUAAACUGAAGGUUUCCGGUGGUACCCAAACCACGACGGCUGAUUUUCAAGCUAAAUCCCAGCAGCACGCGCAGUACCGCAGUUUUUCACUGACCGGUCCAGGAGCGGCCCAGCUGAGUCAAUCGGUCAAAGAAAGGUUUGGUUCCGGAACGCACAGUUUGCCUAAACCCGGUUUAGAUAUGCAUGUCUUCCAACAUAGAAUGUCCACCCGCGGAUCCACUAAGCUAAACGACGGUAGCCUUAGCGAUACGCAAACCUACGCCGAAGUGAAGCCCGACUACGGUAGCUAUGCGAUGUGGCUCCGCCAUUCGAGUACCGCCUCGAGCCGGCUAUCGGAGGGCGAAUCGCUCGAGAGUUUCUCGCUCGGGUCCGGUCCGGGCGCGGGAGGCGGUGGUGCUGGUGGAGGCAAUUCGGGCACUGGAAUGCCCGGUUCCACCAACACCACAAGCCGACCGAAUAAGCUGCUGCAUCAUGCCCGUGGUGAGACACAGCCAGUUAUGCACCACGCAGCCACCACGCAUAGCCCACGGUUGAACAGAAGCAAUAGCAUAAGCUAUUUGAAAGAAAGGACCUAUCCCAG